GAAUGAGGAAAAUUUUGGGAAUCAAUUAGACUGAGGCUGUAUAGUGUAUAUUGCCGUUGCCGUUGCCGUUACACAGUAGACACGGCGGAAAGCAUGAGAAUGAAGAGGUGCUGUAACUUAUUCCAACUCAUCCCCUCUCGUCUUCACCCUCUUCGCUCCCUCUCCACUUUUGACCCCCCGCCCUCCUUUUCUCCCCGGAGAGUUGUUGUCACUGGUGUAGGAAUGGUGACUCCACUUGGGUGUGGCGUGGAAACUACAUGGAAGAGAUUAAUUAAGGGGGAAUGUGGGAUUAGGGCUGUAGCUCCUGAUGAUUUGAAGAUGAGUAGUUUUGAUGAGAGUACCAAGCUGCAUACAUUUGAUCAGUUGUCUUCUAAAGUCGCUGCUUUUGUUCCGUGUGGUACAAAUCCCGGGGAAUUCAAUGACCAAGUCUGGCUCAAUUCUAAGGAUCACAGGUCGAUGUCUAGAUUUAUUGCUUAUGCAUUAUGCGCAGCUGAUGAAGCUCUUAAAGAUGCAAAUUGGUUGCCAUCUGGGCCGGAGGACAAAGAGAAAACGGGAGUUUCUAUUGGCGGGGGGAUUGGAAGCAUAAGUGAUAUACUGGAUGCAUCUCAAAUGAUUUGUGAAAAGCGCCUUCGCCGGCUAAGCCCAUUUUUCAUCCCACGAAUACUGAUCAACAUGGCAGCUGGCCAUGUGAGCAUGCAAUAUGGAUUCCAGGGACCAAACCAUGCUGCAGUAACAGCCUGUGCUACCGGGGCAAAUUCUAUAGGCGAUGCUGCGAGGAUGAUUCAAUUUGGAGAUGCUGACGUUAUGGUGGCAGGAGGAACAGAAGCCAGUAUGGAUGCUUUAUCUAUUGCAGGUUUCUGCAGGUUAAGAGCUUUGUCGACGAAGUACAAUUCUUCCCCUCAAGAAUCAUCGCGACCUUUUGAUUGUGACAGAGAUGGAUUUGUAAUAGGUGAAGGUUCUGGUGUCCUAGUAUUGGAGGAAAUGGAGCAUGCAAAGAAUCGAGGAGCCAAAAUAUAUGCAGAAUUUCGUGGUUAUGGAAUGUCAGGUGAUGCGUAUCACAUUACUCAACCACAAGCUGACGGAAGAGGUGCUAUAUUGGCAAUGAUGCGUGCUUUACAACAGUCUGGCUUCGGUCCUGAUCAGGUGGAUUAUAUCAACGCCCAUGCUACAUCUACACCCCUGGGUGAUAUGGUAGAAGCCAAAGCAAUUAAAUCUGUGUUUUCAAAUCGCGCGGCUUCUGGUGAUCUAGCCUUGUCCUCAACCAAGGGCGCUAUCGGUCAUCUCCUUGGAGCAGCUGGAGCUGUGGAAGCAAUUUUUGCAAUUCUGGCCAUCCACCACGGAAAAGCUCCUCUAAACCUCAAUCUCCGCAAACCAGAUCCCAUAUUUAGUGAUGGUUUCAUGCCAUUGACUGUUUCAACUGAAUUGCCGAUCAAAGCAGCUAUAUCAAACUCUUUUGGCUUUGGAGGAACAAAUGCAUCCCUUCUGUUUGCAUCCACUUCUUAAACAGAUGAACAGGUGAGCAGCACUCUACUGAUAGGGGUAAUAAUACUCAUCGGACCAACCUCGGUACUGAAAUUUCUAGAGAGAGGAACAAGUAUCUUCCGGCAUCAGCAUUCAGCAGAAUCAAAUUUCUCAGUUUUGACAGUAUUGUAACUUAGAAAUUCCCUCCUAGCCGGCAUCAGCUUCAGCAGAACUAAAUUCCUCAGUUUUGACAGUGUUGUAACUCAGAAAUUCCCUCCUAGCGGGGGUUGAUUGUAGAUUUGUAGUUGUAAAACUUCAAGUUAGUUGUGGCUUGUAGUGAUGUAGAGUAUGCUAAGACUGGUAUAUACAUUUAUUUAUUUUUCUUAUAAAAUGACCAAAGUGUCAAUUUUUGCCCAA